AUGCCAACCCUAAAUAGCAACGAUACUGACAUCGCUGCCCUGGUGCAAAAGUACUACCUGUGGACGUCGCGGCAGAUGCGCUUCCUGGACCUGGAGAUGAAGACGCUGCUGUACACGCACUUCACCGAGACGCUCGCGGGCCUGGGCACGAUCCGCGCGUUCGGCUGGUCCGAGGCGUUCCUGCGCGACAACCACUGCGCGGCUCGACGCCUCGCAGAAGCCCUUCUACACCAUCGAUGGCGUGCAAGGCGUCCUCAAGGGAGUGUCAUUGAGCAUCAAGCCCGGUCAAAGGGUCGGCAUCUGCGGACGCUCUGGAAGGUAUGCUGUCCAACGUCCCCGGCUGCGCCCGCUCGCCCGGCGCAUCAAGUCAAGGAAACUAACUGGCGUAGCGGCAAGUCGUCUCUUGUUCUUACCCUCGUGCGGCUGCUGGAGCUGCAACGCGGGGACAUCGUCAUCGACGGGCUCUCCUUGUCCAAGAUCCCCCGCCAGACCAUCCGCUCGCGGCUCACAGCGCUCCCCCAGGACGCCAUGCACUUGACCGGCACGGUGCGGCACAACCUGGACCCCAAGGGAAUGUUGUCUUCGUCCACUGCGCCGGACAUGGAGCCCAAGGCGGCCACAUCGGCGGGCGACGACGCACUCAUCGCCGCCCUCCUCAAGACGGCCAUCUGGCCUGCCAUUGAAGCCCGCGGCGGCCUCGACGCGUCCCUCUCCGACCUGGGCUUCUCGGCGGGCCAGCUGCAGCUGUUUUGCCUCGCGCGCGCGCUGCUCUCCACGUCGUCGAUUGUGCUCCUUGACGAGGCUACCAGCAGCGUGGACCGGCGCACCGACGACGAAGUCCGCCGUGCCUCCGCGACGAUUGAGUCGGGGUCUCCAGAUGAGUUGCUCGGGUGUCCGACGUCGGCGUUUCGCGCUCUGUGGGAGAGCCAGGGGCUAUGA